AUGGCCAUGGGAACGCCCGUGGCUCGAGCCAAGAAGCCUCCGUAUUUAUUUCUCAUCGGCGAUUCCACCGUUGCGGUCAAUGGAGGUUGGGGUGACGGCUUCCUGUCUUAUCUCAAAGACCCCGCCAAGGGCGAUAACAGGGGCAAGAGCGGUUCUACCACCGUCUCCUGGAAGUCGAACGGCCGCUGGGCCUCACUCUUGCAGGGUAUCAACGAUACCAGGGCUGACUACGAGCCCAUCGUCACUGUUCAGUUCGGCCACAAUGACCAGAAGAGUCUUACCUUGGAUGAGUUCCGAGCUAAUCUGGUUGACAUCGCUGCCGAGCUCAGGGACGCUGGGGCGACUCCGAUCUUCAUCACGUCUCUUACUCGCCGUCGCUUUGAAGGUGGCGAAGUGGUCCAAGAUCUUGCUGAAUGGAGGGGCAAAACGAUCGCAGCGGCAAAGGCCAGCAGCGUCAGGUGGCUUGACCUCAACCUGGCGAGCAUAGACUACGUCAACGCCAUUGGGGAGAAAAGCGCGCAGUACUAUAACCUGGCUAGCACCGAUAGAACACACUUGGGUGAAGCUGGCGAGAUCGUCUUCGGUCGCAUGGUAGUUGACCUCUUGUUAGAGAAACGCAGUGAUCUGGACGUCUACUUCAGCGCGGACGAAGAGAUCACUGACGCUAUUGCGAACGGCGAGUUCACUACUGGAGGUAAGUGA